GUUUUCCGGCCGCGGGCUGUCGAGCCUUGAGUCCCACCUGUGUCCCCACAGCCCUGUCAUGAUUCCCGGUCGGGUUCAGGGAGGGACCGCCUCGGCGUUGUGGGCCGGGUGUGGCUCGGCGGUGGAGGACUCUCAAUUCCUGCUCCAUCCCCGACCGGGCCCCGGGGCGGUACUUUGAUGGGUGAGACAAAAAACCCGGGAAGAGUUAAGCUUCCUCACUCCAGUCUGGUCCAUCCUCCACUGAAAUGCAGAAUUUUUUGUAGCAGGUUCAUCUGGCUGACUUGUGUUUGUUUCUACUGGAAACUCUUUAAGCCACCCCCCUCCCCCAAAAAACCCCACAAAAGACCCCAAAACAAAACAAAAAAAAAAUUAUCUUUUUUUGUGACUUGUGCUGAAUAAAUUACUGAUCCAUCCAGUAAUCUGACCAACAACCUCCAAAUAGUUUUUUCUUGAUACUGCUGUCAGUUUUAUCAAUGUGUUGAUGAUUGUUUUCAGGCCCCAUGGGUGUGUGUGUGUGUGUAUCUUCAUUAAAUUUUACUUUAUUUUACAGCUUACCCAUGUCUUUUUAAACCUCAUUUCUGAUUCCAUUAAACCUUGAAAUAGAAUGGUACCCCGGGUCGUUGGCUUUGGGGUUCUGCCUAGUCUGUUCCUUGAAGUUGACACCAAAUCUACAAGCCAGGAAAAGUCAGCUGCUCCAUAAUUAAUACAAGUAGAAUGAAGUCCACAAUCUCCUAGCUUGCUGAGGAAAAUGUAGCUGGAGAGCUUUUCACAAAUCAAGUCAUCCCCACAUAUUCUCUUCUUUAUCUUGUCCAUCAUGAACAAGUUAAUCCUCAAAAAGUUCAUGUUUCCAAAGACUAUGGAUUCUGUAGAUGUGUUUGGGAGCUCCACGCCUCACUUCGUGAUGUGCGUAUUGGCCAAGGGAAGGAUGAUGUAGAAACAGAACAAGAAAAGCAACCCCUCCGUGGUUGACAGAAUUUACCUCAUUGCUAUUCUAGGCGGGGGAGCGGGGGGUGAGGGGUGGGGAGAGUGGUUUCUUUGGGUACACUGGUGGCCACUGGGGCUGUCUUUUGGUUUUGAGACAAUGAUUAGAAUGUCCAGAGAGCUUUUGAUGCAUACUGAGGUCUCUUGCUUUAGGAACUGAUGAUUCUCAAUGAUGUGGCUGAGGACUUCAGGGAAGAAUGGGUUGCCUGCACACCGCUUAGAGAAUCCUCUUCAGGGGUACCACCCAGCAGAGUUAGAAGAAUGGGCUCUCAAAGGACUUGCCGGUACAGGUGUAAUCUCCCAGCUGGAGCAGACGGAAGAGCCGUGGGUGCUACCACUCCAAAACUUCGAGGCAAGGAAGAUCGUAAGGGAAAGUCACACGGACUUUGAGAAUCAGGUGACAAAACUCAAUCAGGACAUUUCAGAAAUAGCAGAACGAUGUGGAACAUCCUCAGAAAGGGCCAAUAAAGAUAUUUCUCAUCCUCCUAGAUGGGGAGGAAACUGGGAGAGGGACCUUGAAUUGAAAGGGCAACAUGGAACCCUACCAGGAGAGGGCCAACUGGAGCCCCUUCCACAGGAGAAGGAUUUAAACAGGCUGCUGGACGGAUAUGUGGGAAAGAAGCCUGUGUGCGCAGAAUGUGGAAAAAGCUUCAACCAGAGCUCCUAUCUCAUAAGACACCUGAGAACCCAUACUGGUGAGAGGCCUUAUAAAUGCAUCGAGUGUGGGAAGGGCUUCAAACAGAGUUCAGACCUUGUCACCCAUCGCAGAACACACACAGGAGAGAAACCCUACCAGUGCAGUGGGUGUGAGAAAAAAUUCAGCGACAGCUCUACGCUCAUCAAACACCAGAGAACCCACACAGGUGAGAGACCCUAUGAAUGCCCAGAGUGUGGAAAGACCUUUGGGCGGAAGCCACACCUCAUAAUGCACCAAAGAACCCACACAGGAGAGAAGCCCUACACAUGUCUCGAAUGCCAUAAAAGCUUUAGUCGAAGCUCAAACUUCAUCACCCAUCAGAGGACCCACACGGGAGUGAAGCCUUAUAGGUGUGGUGAUUGUGGGGAAAGUUUUAGCCAGAGCUCAGACUUGGUUAAGCACCAACGAACCCACACAGGGGAACGGCCCUUUAAGUGCCCAGAGUGUGGGAAGGGCUUUAGAGAUAGUUCUCACUUUGUAGCGCACAUGAGUACUCACUCAGGAGAAAGGCCUUUCAGCUGUCCUGACUGCCACAAAAGUUUCAGUCAGAGCUCACACCUGGUCACACACCAGAGGACACACACAGGGGAGAGGCCGUUCAAGUGUGACAGCUGUGGGAAGGGAUUCGCCGACAGCUCUGCCCUCAUAAAGCACCAACGGAUCCACACGGGGGAAAGACCCUACAAAUGUGGUGAGUGUGGGAAGAGCUUCAACCAGAGCUCCCAUUUCAUUACCCAUCAACGAAUCCACUUAGGAGACAGACCCUAUCACUGUCCCGAGUGUGGCAAAACCUUCAAUCAGCGUUCCCAUUUUCUCACACACCAGAGAACACAUACAGGAGAAAAACCUUUCCACUGUAAUAGAUGUGACAAGAGCUUCCGUCAGAAAGCACAUCUCUUAUGCCAUCAAAAUACCCAUUUGAUCUAGGAAAUGGUUUGUAGUGGCUCUUCUGCCCCUUUCCAGAUUUUCAUUUCUGCUGCCUCUGGGUGCUCCAUGUAGAGAAAGCCUGAACAUGGACAUCAGUGGCUCAAGCUGGGCCUUUUCCUACACUUUAAUGGUGAGGAUAAACCCAUAGGCCGCAAAUAAUGUUCUGAAUACAAAAGGCAUUCCUUCAGUGUUUUUAACUGACCUUACGGAAAUGUGAGUUUGGUUGAUGAUGCUUGAUUACGGAAAGAGGAGUGAGAUACGUGGGGCCACACUAUCACUAUUAGUGAUUAAUAUUUGAGCUCUUAUAAGCCCUUAAUACUAAAUAACACCGGGCCCUUAAAAAGUCCUCAAUACCUUUAUUAGCCUUAUGAUUCACUAAGGAAUUCAUUAGCACAGCCCUACAAGGCCAGAACUCGCAAGCAAUUAGAUUGCAGCUAGAGGAUCUGGGCCAUGAACACAAAGAUGUAAUAAAGCAGAAAACACUCUCCCUAUCCAGUGCUUUGCAGACGUUAGUCACCAGAUGUCUCAUCGCCGUGACAAGGCAGAAUUCUCCUAGAGGAUGUUUGUGGUGUUGUGACUUCAAGGCUGAAAGAAUUUCCGAAGCUCUUUGCACAGCAGGGUAGGAGAUCCCACUGGAGGCUGGCUGCCGUCGGAGGCCUAGAACAUACCCCACGGUCAACAAGCCAGAGGAGGCUGGGAGAGGGCUGUAAAACUAUGGAAGCAAAACCGCUGAGACGCUAAAUACUACAAGGAUCCUUCCUGGCAAUCAGCUGAAGGAAAGCGCUCCUGUUUUCUAAUCACCUGGUUCGUGGGCCCUGUAGUUUUAAGUUAACGCAAGCCUGAUGUUUUUAGAUUAAUCAUUUUAUGCACUAGCACAUUCCUAUAUUUAGUAGAAAUGAAUUGAGGGAAGGCAGUGUGUUGGAAAGAACACUGACUGCAUUGAGGUGAGGUGUUGGAGCGCUGGCCCUGACAUUUAAUUUGGCCAGACUUUACCUCCUCUCAGCCUCUACCUUACCUACCUCACAAGGUUGUUGUGAGGAUCUAAUGCGCGUGCGUGCGCACACACACACGCACUUUGUUGUUAAAUUAUAAAGUCAUGAUGUCUGUAAAGUGCAGUUUUCUAGUAUUGUUGGAAAUGUCUUUCCUCCAAGGAACUCUGGCUAAUAUUUCUCCAGGUGCCCCCUUUUCUCUCAUAAUCACAGAUUUCUUUCUUUACCUGUUGAAAACCUAAGGCCCGAAAUCGCCGAAUGACGCAUUGUGGGUCACACAGGGGACAGAAGAGCCAACAUUUGGCAACAAGUCCCCUCUACAACAGCACAGAACGGGCCAGUUCUGUGUCUCAGAAGUGAGACACUCCGUGUAGGACUGGAUGCCCCAGAUUAUAUGCAUCAACCCAUUUUGAAUUUGGAAAUGAUGGAGGGAUGUGGCCCAAGUUCCAGGGAGCUUUACGGGAUCCUGUGCUGGGGAGUGAGAAGGGGAAGGGCAGACGCGGGUGCUUAAGGAGGGAGCUGGGUAUGUCACACUCGGACAGAAAAGUGAUCUGAAGGUGUUCUUUUCACGCCUUCCUGUGGCAGUACAGACUAAAUUAUUACAUGAGCCUUUUAACAAGAGUUCAUUUUCUCUCAUUAUAUGGAAUCCUGUCUGAGAGCUGUAACCCAGCCGGAUAGAACUCAGCUGAUAACCUCAGCUCUUUCUUUGAAAGAGAAAUCAGAUUUUUAAAAUCUGCUUAACCCAGUGCCGUGGUUCUCAAAAAGUG